AUGAGAAACCUACAGGACAGGCUGAUUGGACGCGAACUACACCCGGAGGAACUCAGUCAUUCGGAGGAGGGCAUAAUACGACUGGCUCAAUGCCAAGCAUUUACCGAAGAGUACAAGGCGCUCGCAACAGGGAAGCAACUCCCAAGUAAGAGUUUACUCGCCAUGUUGUGUCCUAGAUUGGAUGAGCAGGAGGUUAUUCGCUGUGACGGACGGCUUCAUUUUGCAGACGAGCUAACUUAUGAUAUCAGUGAUAGGUACUGGAUCAUCGCUGCGUGUGAAGAGAUCAGAGAGUGGGAGCAUGAGUGUAACAAGUGUAGGAAGCAGAAAAACGAGACCGCCACUCAGACUGCAGUACACCUAGAGGUGUCAUGGGGACUCGACACAGACAGCUUUUUAAGGGCGUUGAACAGGUUCACGAACAGAAGAGGGUUGCCAAAGGAGAUUGUGAGUGACAAUGGCACCAAUUGUGUUGGUGCGGUUAAUGAGUUCCAGGAACUUGUUGGUCAGAUUGACACCGACAAUGUUAUGCUUGCUACAGCACAGAAGGGGAUAAAGUGGCGGUUCAACCCGCCAGGCGCUCCACACUUCGUUGGGGCACACGAGAUAAUUGUCAAGGCGGCUAACACGCCUUCUACGCAGAGGUUGGAAAUGAUGUCACAGAUAAAGAGUUGGUUACUGUUUAUGAGGGGACGGUUUGCUCCUGAAACUGUGGAUACUGCGGCAUAUAAUCCACGCAACCGCUGGCGCAAGGUCCACGCGAUUAUUUCUAAGGAAUUCUCUGGCAACAGUGACGACACUACCGUUGUGCAAAAUGACGUGAAUCCACCAAUCAUAGGGUGGUACGUCAGACUCCACCCGGUCAAGUGGCACAGUCAUCCCGCCAUGCGCGUGGAGAUGUAUGGCUGCCUAUCAGUUCCCAAGGGAAUCAGGACAAUAGAAAAUCUUGGCUGCUUCAAAAGCAAAGGACCAAAUACCACCCUCCCCUCCCUUGAGAACAUCGACCCUGCCCUUCAGUGGAGUUACCAACAGCGAGCUGGCGCCAUUCUGCGCUGCGCUGAUGCUGCGUUCCGUCGCGGUUACGAAGUCUUCGGAAUCCAAGAUGGCGGCAAGUGUGUGGCGGGAGGCAUGUCUGACUAUGGCGGGAAUGGUGGCUCGAUUGAGUGUGUCGAUAAUGGGCGCGGUGCUAAUGGUGCUAACGAGGUGUAUCGAAUCGACAGGGAGUGUGCGUGGGGUCACGAGCUGUGCACGUGGACAUCGAAGGGCGGUAACGGCACUUGGGUGUUUGCUAAUGUGACGGAUAUAAGCGACGCUCCAAAAGGGGGCGAUGAUAAUGGCGUAGAAACAGCAAUUUUAUCCAGCCAAAAACAGUUCCAUACCCAACUGCCAAUCAACAUGACUGCUGCGAUCACUCUGUGUUACUGGGUCAUGUGUAACCCUUCGCGUCUUGAGGUUGCUAUGGAAACACAUGACGGCAAUACUGUAAUAGGCUUUACGCAGAGACACUGCGCACUUCAGCUCAAAGUUCUUGGAAAUAAGAUCUCCUACGAUAACUGUGUUUGCAAUAAAAUAUGGCGUCACGUGUGUGUCACGUGGAAGUCACAUGCCGGAGUCUGGGAGAUUUACCUUGAUGGGCAGGUCAUCGGUUUUGGUCGCUUGCUCAGUGCACGCUUAACAUUACCAGACACAACGCACUUCUCCAUAUUCCAUGAUGCAUUCAACUCGUCUUCGCCCACGAAACUGACCGGCCUGUCCGCAUGGGGUCACGUGAUCGUACCUGAAGAGAUAAUGCGUAUGUCCUAUGGGUGUGGUGACGUCAAGGGAGACAUUAUGAACUGGGGGAGUCUCUUUAAGCUUAUGAGAGGAUCGUAUCGGACAGAGAGACAAGCUGAUUGUAGGAUUGCAAAAGGAGGGAUGCUUCUAAACAUUUCUUCAACUGCUUCUGUUUUGUCCAGUCCGUGGUUUAACCGUUCUGGCUCAGAGUACGAGUCUUGCAUGAGAUUUCGUUACCUAGCAACGGGAAGAAGAACCGCCAGACUCGUCGUCUCGUUGAGAGUUGAGGGGGAUCCUAUGGGCGAGAGGCCGGUGUGGGGGGUAGGAGGAGAUGACGGAAGUGCGUGGCGGUACGGACAGGUAGUGAUCGGUACCGUCACUAGAUAUCAGGUCUCCUUUCAAGCGGCGUCCGUUGACCACUCGUCCAUGUUUGCAUUGGGGGGUGUCUGGUUUAGCUCUGGGUAUUGUGCAACCACGCCUCUAACAGCAGCUUCAGCAUGUAAUGAACACUUCACAGCGCCAUACGGCAACAUCACUUCUCCAAACUACCCCGGAUAUUACCCACGUGACACCAAAUGCGAGUGGCGGAUAACCGCCCCUGUCGACCACGUGAUCAGGAUUACAUUCCGGACAUUCCAAUUGCCUGAGCUACCACGCUGCGCAGGAGACUAUCUUGAGUUGCAUGACGGGAUACCUAGUGCUUCUCACAAAUCGUCGGUGAUUGGACGAUUUUGCGGCAAUUACUACCCACCUGUUGUUGAGUCGUCGGCUAAUCGGAUGGCUGUUGUUUUUAAAAGCAGCAGCAGCGCUGUUCCCGCAUCUGGAUUCUGGCUCUAUUACGAGGUUUUCGAAAACAAAGACGCAAAAUCCUGUUCUGGGAACACUGCUGAAUGCCCCGCCAGCUGCACGUGCUACCAGUCGUCAGGAAACAUUCCUCGCUUCGUGGUUGAGGGCAGAUUGUUAUCUGCUGUACCACGUGACAUCCCAGAAUACACCGCGGUAUUAUUACUAAAAGGCAAUCGCAUCAACGAAGUCAAGAAGUCUGACUUUGCCUCGCUCCCAUUAUUAGAAUACAUUGAUCUCAGCGGAAACAUCAUCCUUCGCCUUCUUGAUGGAGCAUUUUCUAAUCUUCCCUCCAUCAAGGAUAUGUAA